AUGACUACUGGACUCAAUGAGACCCCCAAGGGCGCGCUGUGGCCAGGCCUGAGGCUCGAGGGCAACUAUGCAGAGCCGGACGGGGCUGGUCUAUCUGGCAGCUGUGGAUUCUGGAACUGGCGGGCAACGCGGCCCGCGACAAGAAGUCGCACAUCAUCCCGCGCCAUCCGCAGCAACGACGAUGAGAAACUGAACCAGCUGCUGGGCAAACUCACCAUCGCGCAGGGUGCUGUCCUGCCUAACAUCCAGGCCGAGCUGCUGCCCAAGAAGACCGAGAGCCACCACAAAGCCAAGGGAAAGUGA